AUGUCGAGACAACAGUCUAUCAACUCAAGUCAAACUCCAACACCUACCACAGCACAAUCUCCUCUUAGUCGAUCCUUAAAGGCUACAGGUGAAGAAGUAUGGAAAAGAACAGAAAAGAUUAAUGCAGAGUUAUUUACACUAACAUAUGGUGCUAUUGUAUCACAAUUAUGUACUGAUUAUGGUAGGGAUUUUGUUAAGAUUAAUGAACAAUUAUAUCAAAUGGGUUAUAGUAUUGGUGUUCGUUUAAUAGAAGAUUUUUUAGCUAGAACAGCAUUACCUCGUUGUCAAGGUAUGCAAGAGACAAGCGAAGCUCUUAGUAAAUGUGCAUUUAAAGUAUUUUUAAAUAUUACACCAAGGGUAACAAAUUGGUCUAGUGGGAAAGAUGCAUUUAGUUUAAUUAUUGAUGAUAAUCCCUUAAGUGAUUUUGUUGAACUGCCGAUGGAUGCAAUGGAACAAUUAUGGUAUUCUAAUGUGUUAUGUGGUGUCCUUAAAGGUGCAUUAGAAAUGGUUCAAUUGGAUUGUGAUGUAUUUUUCGUUUCUGAUAUAUUAAGAGGUGAUCAACAAACAGAAUUACGUGUAAAAUUAAAUAAAAUCUUAAAGGAUGAAAUUCCAAUUGGUGAAGAUUAA